AUGGGGGUGUGCCCCUUACGGCCCCUCUGCGACCCCGUCGCCGCCCCUAGCGGCCCCGUCGCCGCCCCUGGAGGCCCCGUCGCCGCCCUUCGCAGCCACCUCGCCGGCAUUAGCGGCCCCGCCGCCAACCCUAACGGCCCCGUCGCCGACCCUAGCGGCCCCGUCGUCGCCCCUAGCGGCCCCGUCGCCGCUCUUCGCGGCCCCGUCGCCCCUCUUCGCGGCCCCGUCGAUGACCUCCAGCUGUUCCUACAGUGUGAUAGGGCAAACGGACUCUCCCUGUUCGAUCUCACCUCUGGUGUCUCUCCUGCCCCGCCUGCUACUGCUGAUAGCACUGGGUGUUCUCCCUCCCCCCUCUUGCCCUCUGUUGCUUCUGCUGCUGCGGCCGACCUCGUUGGCUUCGAGUCGGUCGGCGCUGCGUCUGCCCCUAGCAGGAGACGCCGCACCGGCAAGGGCAAGGGCGGCAAGGGCGUUGGAGGGGCUUGCGGGGGCGGUGGAGGUGGUGGUGGAGGCAGUGGAGGGGGUGGGGGUGGUGGUGGGAGUGGUGGCGGGGGUGGAGGUGUUGGUAGCAGCAAUGGAGGCGGAGGAGGCAGCGGUGGUGGUGGAGGGAGCGGAGGCGGCGGAGGUGGCGGAGGCGGCGGAGGUGGCGGAGGCGGCGGAGGCAGCGGUGGAGCUGGUCAUGGAUCUGCGCAGAGGAUUGGCUCCGGUGGUGGUCCGCGCCAGCAGCAACAGCGCAGUCGUGAGACCCUGUCCCCUCAGCAGCUUUGUGAGUGGUAUGAUGGGCGUCAGCGGGGUGGGGGUACUGGUCCCUGCACCUACGUCCUCCGUAUAGGCGACCGCGCUGGUGAGCAGUGUGGGGGCACGCACUCCACCCAGCGCUGCUUCGGCCGCCUGACAGAUGCUUGGCGUCAUCAGUUCCCUGACGCCAUUGAGAUCCCUCGCUGGGGAGAGCUGUCUAGGGCGGGGGUUGCUAUCUUUGAUCCAAACUAUGAUGCUAUUCUUGCUGCCAUGUAUGCUGUGUCUACUAGUGAUGAGGGUGACUGUUACCUGCGCGUUCCGCCUGACCCGGGCAUUGAGGUUGCUGCUCUAGGUGCUGGAUCGGGGGGUUGA